AUGGCGCCAAGCUCGCGCACACACACUCGAGCAUCCGGCAAAGCUCGAUCGAUUCCUGAUCCUGAUGCAGAUCUAACGGCCAAUGAGAUUCGUUUGGCACGUAGAAAGAUUCAGAACCGGCUAAAUCAGAGAGCACAUCGAUCGAGAGCCCGGGAUAGGAGAGUUGACGGCACCGGACAGCCUUACCGAGUCCAUCGCUGGCGGAUAGAUGACGGUAAAGAUGACAUACCAUACAUCAAGCCACGGGAAUUUCCGAGCGACUCUACCUGUGUGCCUGUAAAAGACAAGUCCGCUCCGUCCAAUCAGCUGGUCGUCUCGAAGCAUCCAGAACCGAGCCGCACUUCAGCUCCUUGGCUAGACCUCAGCUACUGCCUGCUCUCCGAUCAUCUAUUGCAUCUAAUCCACUUCAACGUCCUCAGGGGCCUAUCAUACAACAAGAAAGUCAUCAAGCCGAAUGCCUUCAUCGAGUGCACAGGUAGCGCCACGGCCCAGCUGAAGAAGAUCCUCCCUCACAUCCCGGAAGCAACCUCCCUCGUGCAAAUCCGCCUCCCUGAAAGUCUCGCUCCGACGAAGCUGCAGAUGUCGUGUCCCCACUCCAACUGGAUCGACGUGUUUCCCUUUCCGAAGAUGAGGGACAAUCUGAUUCGGUGGGAGAACUACUUUAGCCAUGCGGAGUUUCUGACGGACCUCUUGGGGAACCUGAUCAGCUGCAUGACUGCUCCGCCGCCCAAGACGACGCAUUCGUUGCUUGGUAACAGGGCUCAGGGGGAUGAUGAGGAUGUUCCGACUGAUCGCAGGGGGUUGAUUCUAUGGGGGGAGCCGUUCCACAAGGAUAGUUGGGAGGUGACACCGGGAUUUCUAAGGAAAUGGUCGUGGGCGGUUGAUGGAUGUGGUGAGUUGCUCGAAUCGACCAAUCGGUGGAGAAGGACGAGGGGAGAGACGCCGCUUCGGAUGGCAGUGAUGUCGCAGUAG